AUGGGCCCGGGAGAGGCGCUGCUGGCCGUGUCGCUGCUGUCCAGAGCGCUGGUGCUGCUCUGCGGCGCCUAGACAGCCGAGCCGCGCGCGCGCGCCUUGCGCGCUUUCCCGGUGAACCUGUCCCUGGGCUGCCCGCUGCCGGCGGCGCUAGACAUGCCCUUCAUGUUGCUCGGCAAGCUGCGCGGGCGGCCGCCAUCUGGGCCCAGCGUGUACCAGGCCGCAGGCUUCCUGGACACCUUCCUGGAGUCCAACUCUGUACUUAGCAGGGCGGCGCUGAAUGCAGACCGGUGGCUGGUGGUGGGUUUCCCACUCCACCAUGUUUGCCCGGAUGGCCUAGGUGUGGGGACAGUCAUUGGUCUUCAGCGCUCUCCUGCUCAUGGCUCCUCUACAGGGGAGCCUACGGGUCCUGCUUGCUUCCCCUGCCGGCGCCCUGCCGAGCUCCACGCUGCUGGCUUUGCACUGCUCUUCCCUGUGCUCGGCCUCCCCUGGCUCAAGAUGCUGUGGGUGGCCCAGAGCCAUUGCCGGCACUUUGAUGUCGACACCAUGCAGGGGCUUGUGCUGCUCAUGCACCUGCAUCCCAGGCAGAUCGGCAUCUUCAUCGGGUCCUUCAUCAUCUGCUUAGCCACAUACAUUGUGACCAGGCUAGUGAAGUGUGUGUCCUUCGUCACUGUUAGCCCUCCCUGGGGCAUCCUGAGCAAGUACCUGAGCUACGGCUGGGCCGUGGCCGACCCCUGCGUGGCCUUCCCCCAGGUCCUGGCCGGCAUCCCAAUCGGCUGCUGA